AGUGAUCGCUGACCUCCUGCCAUGUUCCAGGGCUGUCUGAGACACAGGACAGAAUGCUACUCGCAGAAGGAGUCCCCACUCCUGCUAAUUGCGGAGAAUGCAGUAAACCCCGAGCACAGCAAUGAGGGGACCGGAUAGAGGAACAGAGAAAGCUAAGGGUAGUCUCUGUCCUCCUACUCCCCAGGCUGUGAUCCAAAAUCCCUUCAGCAAUGGUGGCAGCCCUGCGGCCGAGGCUGUCAGCGGGGAGGCACGAUUUGCCUAUUUCCCAGCGUCCAGUGUGGGAGAUACUACGGCUGUGUCCGUACAGACCACAGACCAGAGCUUGCAGGCUGGAGGCCAAUUCUACGUCAUGAUGACGCCCCAGGAUGUGCUUCAGACAGGAACACAGAGGACGAUCGCCCCCCGGACACACCCCUACUCUCCAAAAAUUGAUGGAACCAGAACACCCCGAGAUGAGAGGAGAAGAGCCCAGCACAAUGAAGUGGAGCGGAGGCGAAGGGACAAGAUCAACAACUGGAUCGUCCAGCUUUCGAAAAUCAUUCCAGACUGUAAUGCAGACAACAGCAAGACGGGAGCGAGUAAAGGAGGGAUCCUGUCCAAGGCCUGCGAUUACAUCCGGGAGUUGCGCCAGACCAACCAGCGCAUGCAAGAGACUUUCAAAGAGGCCGAGCGGCUGCAGAUGGACAACGAGCUCCUGAGGCAGCAGGUGGGUGCAGGGCCUGGAGCGGGUCGGGGCCCAGGAGCCCCACAUGCAAGGCGCUGGCCCUCAGCUCCCUUGUCCUCCGUCGUGUCCGCCAGAUCGAGGAGCUGAAGAAUGAGAACGCCCUGCUUCGAGCCCAGCUGCAGCAGCACAACCUGGAGAUGGUGGGCGAGAGCACCCGGCAGUGACGCCCGCCACCACCGCGCAGCCGCCGCCGCCCACGCCGGCCUCUGCUGCCCCUUUCCCCAGCCCUUAGCACAGAGAGGGACACACGCCCCUCCCCCAGCUGCGUUUUUUUAUAGUAGAUUUUUAACAAAAAACGGGGAGAAAUAAUGGAUUUCUGUGGAUACAGUGCCCACCGCCCUCCUCCACUUGGAAACGGUAUCCUCCCUCCCCAUCCAUCUGUCUGUCGCCCUUCUCCCGGCCCUCACUAAGCCCCGGCACUUCUAGUGGUCUCACCUGGAGGCAAGAGGGAGAGGGACAGAGGCCCUUCCACGUCCCGCUGCCUCCUGCUCUCUGGAGGUACUGAGACAGGGUGCUGAUGGGAAGGAGGGGAGCCUUUGGGGGGCCACCCGGGGCCUGGACCUAUGCAGGGAGGCCACGUCCCACCCCACCUCUUGUUUCUGGGUCCCUGCUCCCCUUUGGGUGUGUGUGUGUGUGUUUUAAUUUUCUUUAUGGAAAAAUUGACAAAAAAAAUAGAGAGAGAGAGGUAUUUAACUGCAAUAAACUGGCCCCAUGUGGCCCCCGCCUUGUC